CUCGAUUGCUGUCAAAAUGGUGAGAAUGUUUUGAGACGUGAAUUAAGGUUAUGUUGUUCGAGUAUCAAAACACACAGCAGCCACAACGCAAUUUUUCGAAAAGACGCACAAAUUGUCCUUAUUUAAACAGAUUUCUAAGCAGCAAGAUGUGUAUUAUUUAAACUCGAAAAAUGUGGGCCAAGGAACGAUUUUUAAAACAGUUGGUUUUAAUGUUUUCUUGAGAGAGUAAAUAGAGUAAACAGUGCCAGUUGUGUUUUCUAUUUAUUUGCCAAUAAAAGGACAUUAGAUGGUGUUUCGAGUGAGGAAUAAAAAAUGAGUAGCAUUAAGUUGGAAGUGCAAUGGUCUCCAAUCCAUUCGAACAAAUUCAUCACCUGGGGAACCGAGAUAUUCUUGUACGAAAUCUCGCAGAUUAAAGAAACUGUCAGACCCUCGUGUAUUAAAGUAUCGGAUUCGACGACUGCUUAUUUGCUUGCGACGAAUACGAGUCAUCAUUAUGUCAAGUGUAUUGAUAUUUAUCCUCAAGCGGAACCGGAUAUUCUACUUGCUGUUGGUCAGGCGAAUGGGAAAGUGGUUUUGACCACUUUUGGGCCAACUGCUUUUGAUUCUCUGGGCCUCACAGGAAAGGAACUUGCUCCGAAGCACGCAAGACAGUGCAAUGCCGUAGCCUGGAAUCCAGUCGAUCCGAAUUUAAUUGUCUCCGGAUUGGAUAAAUAUCGUACAGAUCAUUCAGUUCUUCUCUGGGACGUUUUGAGAAGUUCGUCAGGGUCCGAUAGAACUCAUCAUCAUGGCACUUCACAAUCAGAAUCCAUCAAGCCAAUCGCAGAAGCUGGUGUUUCGGAAACGACGCAUUCUCUCGCGUGGUUCAACAACGCACCAAAAUGUUUGGUAGUUGGUGUAAAUAACAAACAAUUAAAAAUCAUCGACUUCAGAGAUUCAGUGAAGAUAGCGAACACAACUCCAACAAAAGCAGUUUACAGUUUAGCUGUAAAUCCUCAUAAUGACAAUCAUCUACUGUCCCAUGUUGAUAAUCAAAUUACGAUAUGGGACACUCGUUAUUUUGAAAAACCGGUCCUCACUUUGCCACAAACUAGGCAAGUUACAAAAGUUUUGUGGUGUCCGACUCGGCACAAUUUGUUGGGCUCGUUGCAGAAAGAUUCAGGAGCUUUGUAUCUUCAUGACAUUCAGCAAUGCGGACCUGGCGAUGAUACGGAACCUGGUGCUCUGGAAAGGACGGUUGUCCCACCCUGGACGAAUCCAACAAGUUUUUCCUGGCACACCAAGCAUGUUAAUAGACUCUUGGGCAUCUCCCAGCAAGGCUUAACAGAUUAUACGGUUUGUGAAAGGAUCACACUGAACUGGUCCACACGUUCACACCUCGUUUGGAAUCACGCUACAAAAGCAUUUAAAUAUAUUUGCAGCAGUGAUAAUAUUUAUAAGUCCUUAGAUGACAUUUCUGUUUUGACAAAGACUCGAGCAAUGAGUGAAUAUGGUUUAAUCCCUGAAUUGUCACAAAAUGGGGAAUUGGCGGAAAACGAGACUUUAAAAAAUCUUUGGCAGUGGCUCUAUUUGAGUCGAUCUUUGGUGGAAGAUGGAACCAUUCCAAGUCCGGAUAAUAAACAUCCUGGAGUUAGAAUGGUCUUGAACCUCGACGGUCAGCAAAAUGCCAGCAACGGUGUUUUAAAGUCUGAACUAAUAAAUCGACUUUGGACCGAUAUCGGGUCAAAUCUCACCGCAAAAAUGUACAAAUCGACGGAUCGUGAUAAGGCUCUGCAAUUAUGCGGCUGGCGAUUUGAAAAAGAGACGAAUGCUCCCUACAGUAAUUUAUUUAUUGAAAGGCUUGAGAGAGAAGGGGCUUAUCCACGGGCGACUGCAAUUUCCGUUUUCAAUCUCUGUUUACGACAAGCAAUCGAAAUUCUGAAAAGAGGCGCAAAUAAAAUGUCUUUGCCAACGAAUGUAAAUCUGAAUAUCGUGGCAAUGGCUCUAUCAGGCUUCUCCGAAGACAGAAAUAGUAUGUGGCGGGAGCUUUGCCUCACAUCGAGAUCGCAAAUUUCUGACCCUUAUCUCAGAGCGACCUUUGCUUUUUUGACUGCCGACAAUGACUCUUACGAAAAUGUACUUAAUGAAAGCGGAAUGGCUGUAGAGGAUCGAGUAGCUUUCGCUCUAAUGUUUUUAUCUGACAGUAAACUGCACGAGUAUUUGAGAAGAUUGACGCAAAUGUUGACUGAAGAAGGAAACUUGGCAGGUUUUUUACUCACAGGCGCAAGUUUGGAAGGUAUUCAGCUUCUAAACAGAUACCUGGAAGUGACUGGUGAUGUGCAAAGUUGCAGUCUGAUUGCGAUUAGAGCUCUGCCCCCAAAAUUGUUGCAAGAUAACCAAGUACAAGUCUGGAUAUCCAGUUACAGAGGUUUGCUCGAUGCGUGGAAAAUGUGGAACCAAAGGGCGCAUUUUGACAUUACAAUGAGAGCUUCGACGAAUGAGAAACCACCUCAACAGGUUUAUAUUUCCUGCAAUUUUUGCGGGAAAAGCAUAUCUGCUUUUAUGCAAGGACUAAGUCGUGCUCGAGGCCCUUUUGGCAGAUUGGGAAGCACUUCGAAUAAAUUAAAGAUGUCGGCCUGUCCUGGUUGUAGGAAACCUUUGCCUAGAUGCGCGAUUUGUUUAAUGCACAUGGGAACUGUAAGUGGACUGCAAAUGACGACAAACGCAAGCAGAACUGAAGACGAUAGCAAACUGACUGAAUUUAAUAAUUGGUUUACUUGGUGCCAAACCUGCAGACACGGUGGCCACGCGAAUCACAUAACGCAUUGGUUUCGACAACACUCUGAAUGUCCAGUCACGUCCUGUACAUGUCGCUGUUUUUCGCUGGACGCCUCUUGUAAAGUGGGAGUCGGAUGCUCCUAAUUUGUAAUAUGUUGUACAUUAUUUUUUCAUUAAAGUUUAAAAAUUAAAA